CCCAUUGUUAAGUCAGACUGGCAUAUAGAAAAGGAUUGAGGGGCGUUUUUUAGUUUUAUAUAGUCUCAUUUCUAUGACGUUUGAGAAACUCAGAAAAGUGGUUCAAUUAAAACAUUUUUUAGGAUUUUCAACUGACAGUGUUGGGUGUCUGGGAGUCGUGACACAAUGUCGUCGUGCUGGCGAAUGCUGCUGCCGUCACACUCGUCGUUUCUUCUCAUUUCCCAGACGCUUCCGGCGAGCGCCAUUGUGUCUGUAUACUUUUGACGUCGCGUCAAUCCGAGGUUUUCCAACCCGACGAGUCAUUGGUGCGUGUCUAGUCACCAGAGAUAAGGGAAAACAUUUGAAAAGUUGGUCUUGGUCUGAGUGGCACAAGAUUACAGACAUGCGCACAGCCGGAGUCGAUUUACCGACUCCGGCAUAAAAGUCUCCGCAAUUCCGCUUCUCCUACUCACACGACCGCAGGAAUCCCCACGGCGCUGGGACGUCUGUUGUUCAGUCCACAAUAACCGGAUUGCUGUGGUUCAAAAUGGAACGGCGGAUGACAUUAAGUGGCCAUGUUCCGUCUUUAUCUCUCAUUCCGUUGGGGACUUGUCAUAGCGGCAAGUACUACAUCGACGGCGAAUGUCUGGUUCAUCUUGAAGAGAUCAAUAUCAAGUUGGAAAACGAGGAUCCCAUUACUCGCCCACUUCGGUGCGCCCUCGCAUUCCUGGACAUUCUCAACAAGGAUCUAAUCCCGAUUCUUAUCAACAGCCAGGAUCAGCCCAGCAUUUUGAAUUCGACAAUCAAGUUAUUGGCUGAACUUACUACACCCCUAGAAUGCCUGGGAAUGGUCGGCGUAGCGACUGGAUCCAAUCAGAGCAGCACGGCAACGCAACAAGUUGUCAUCUACAAACUGACUCAGCUGCUCUGCAAUGCCAAGGAAUCCUUUCUGAAUGGUGGUGGGGCCAUGCUAGCCGUUCUCCAUCACGUUUGCCACACCCUAGAAAAGGAGCCGUUUUUGAGCGAAUAUAACAUUUCUGUGAAUCAUUCCCUGUUACUCAUUCGCAAUAUCCUGCACGCUCCCGAACGACCUACUCAGAUGGCGGACAAACGACAAGAUCAGCAGGACCAACUUGUGCGGAUAUUAUUGGCCCAGGGACUGGAUCGUAUCCUCAUUAGCUUACUGGCCUGCUCCCAAAGGGAACAAUGGAUGGUGACAGUUGUGCAGCUCAUUUCUCUAUUGUACAAGGAUCAACCCGUUGAAAUUAUUUUACAACUUUUGGAUGAAAACUGCACUCAUCUUGAGCCGGAAUUCUACUUUGACGAACAAAAUCAAUUUGAUAAAACUCGACGAUCUAGUCAGCAAAGUACGUCCAGCGGCUUCCACUCGGAAGAUUCAAACGCGCCGAAAAUGACAUCACCAAAGGUUACGGAUUCAGUGAUGAGGAAAUCCAAUCGAAGAAAAAGUUUUUCAGGAAGUCAAUCUAGUAAAUGCGGAAGUUCGUCGUCUUCCGCAUCAUCUCAACUUGGCGGAACUAAAUGCUUAAAAAAGAGUUUUAAAGGUUCCAAGAAAUCAGAGAAAAUUUUGAAAAAGCUUAGCAAAUGCAACAAACUUGGACGUCGAGUGGAGAUGAUAGGCAACGUCGUCGAGUACAAACCGACGGAUGAAAGUAAUUUGAAUCUCCUGAAAGGGUUUACCGUCAAUUUCAUCCGGCAAGGCUACAACACACUGGUGGGCCAAUUGCAUCAACAGAUGCUGAAACAACAGGGCGACGCCCACCUCCAGCUGCUGGAUAAGUCGCACUUUCUCUGGCUCAUUUCUUAUUUCCUUCCCAUCGCCUCCCGGUUGGAAUUGAGCGUGGAACAUUUAAAAAACGUCUUAACUAUUGAUGUCCUGUGUUAUCUGACGUGGGAAGCUGUUUGUCAGACGGAAGAACUAGAAAUUUAUGCGUUUCAACAUUCAACAUUCGAUUUGAAACCGUGCGUGAGGCGCUUGCAUUUGUGCGUGAAAGCAAUUCGUGAAUAUUUGAAAACACUGGAGAGAUUUUCUCGUCCUUCGACGUCUAGAAAUGCAAAUGCACCGGGAAAUUAUUUGAUUACUCGACUGAGCGGUUACGUGCCAGCGAUUCGGGACCUCCGUCAACUCUUUUUGCUCCAACUCCGCCAAUUCAAUCCUGUCGUUCAAAGUCGUCGCUAUCUACUCGACGUCAUCGCAACCAAUCACAUCUUAUUGCUGGCGCUCGAACGGUCCACUGGGCAAUCGUCACGCGGGAGUUUUGAUAUUGGCCAACACUUGACUCAAUUCUGUUCGGAAAUGAUAGUCGAUCGAUACGGCACGGCCCUCGAGGAUUUCAAGACCAACGGCUCAUUCGUCAACGAUUGCAUCUUGACUCUUUUGCAUCACGUCGCGGGCGAUUUGGGCCGGGCCGACCUUUUGUGCCGGCCCGUCAUUCUUCGUCCAUUCACCAAAAUUUGGGCAGUGGAAUUCAACUUGCGUGACGACUGGAAUGAUUUGAUUGAAUUGAUCAUUAACAAAUCAAUGCGGUAUUUUUCACAUUAUCGAUACACGGAGACAUUGCCUAGCAACCCAAAUAAUCCGCAAAAGAUAAAAGAUUCCGCUUCCCAUUCGAUGGAUAUCCUCCCACUAAAAUAUUCUGAUGAGAAAACAAUAGAAGAAUCGACUGAAACAAAUCAAUGGUCGUACGAAGUACCUGACACCAACAUUAAAUCACUUUUGAUUCAACUCAAGGAUUCUGGAUUUCAGAAACAACUGGACUGGAUCCAGUCUUCAUUAUUAUCAGCCUGUGCUGUUCGAUUGGGGAUCUACUCCGGCCAAGAAUUCCGCCACCCCAUAUAUACCCUGAGUUUUCAAAUGAAUUUGUCCUGCCCUUUGGUUCCCUGGACGGAGGUGGAAGCAUCCGCCCUGCGUUCAGAACUCUUCCUCAAUCUCCUAUUUCGUAUUGGCCUCAUUCCUCCAUCCCCUCAGGCUGUCCUGUACCCUCGUAUCCCGCGUGAAUGGUCCCCGAACACUUUGUACAGUGUCGCCCUCCUUUUCGGACCCAUCGACCAGAAGAGGAUCGAUUUUGAUUUAACUCGAGUCAAGAAAAUCGAGUUAGACCACCCCUAUUCAUCUGUCAAUGUCCAAAAUGUCCAAAGAUCAUCUUCUCACCCUUUCAUAAUUCACGAUGGCGUAUCUCACCGUAAAGAUUCGUUCCUGGAAUCCAAGUUUCCUUCAGCAGAGAUCGACAUUUCUAGGCAAAAUAGCAUCGACUGUGUCUUCGACCAGCAUAGUCCACGACCAUUGGACAGUAUCAGCACCACCAGUUCACUGGAAGUCCACAAAAUGGACUCUAGCGACAACGAAGAAAUGGAGGUCCUUCUGUUUGUGACAGAUUAGGCAGAUUGGACGGUAGUGACGUCACGAGAUAAUUCAAUUCCGUCUAAACGGACAGCGGUACAUGUUUAAACUAUUCAAAUUAAAUGUGGAACAAUUAGUUGAUUCACCUCUCUGUAAAUAUUCUCCAACAAUAAUUUGGUAAGACAUUUUCCCUAUUAUUUAUUGGUCAACAAUUAAUUGUGUAAUUGCAAUAUCGUAUAAUUAAA